AAACACGCGAGAACCGGCGGAGUGGACCGGAACUCCGCGUGACGGGUUUCCUUCACGCAUGCAAGGCCUCCGAAACUACAGCGUGUGCCCGUGCAAUCUCGGAGGACACAAGGCAUGCCUUUUGGUUGUUUUACUGCUCAUCGCUUUCGGUGGCGGCGCUGCGGUAGCAGUGGCGUUCGCGGUAGGGACGGGCGCUGCGGACGAUUUGUGGCGCGCGGCAUUGCCUUUGUUAGCCGGUAAUUAGAGCUUUAGCAUGGACAUCUAAAAUUCUCAUAAGCGUGUGCUGAUAAGUGCAGCGAACAGCGGAAGCGGAUGACCAUACGAACGGUAUUCUGGGCAACUGUAUCCGGUUUAGCACUUCCGCUCUGACAAAUGCAAAGUAGGAGGCAUUGCUCUGACGCUAUGUGGCGGCGGUGUACGUAGCGUGUGUUGUGUUCCAGUCACGGUUUAGGAGCUGAUUAGGAGGCGGGUGCUCGGUCAGAGAUACGGUGCGCUGCCCCGAAUCCACCUAGCUGGACUUUUCACCCCGGGGAUAGGCUACGCGCGAGAGAGGAAGGACAGCGCGAGGAAGCAAACAGCGGGGGUUGUUUGUUGUGGUCCUUUCGUUGACUCCCACAGGAAAAAAAAAAAAAAAAAAAAAGGCGGGAGGACGCCGUGCCGGGCUGUGCUCUGCGUUGGUUCUCUGCUCCCGUAUUGAGGGGGGGAAAGGAAAAACAGUGCCUCUUCGUCCCAGAACUUCUCUCUCUCUCCCUCUACGGCAUUCAUGGGCCCGUCUCACGGACACAUGGGCCCGUCUCACGUGAGGCUUUCGUGCCGUUGCUGCCGUGCUCGAGCGAUAGCGGCACACGUUUACUUGAGCAGCACACCGUCUCGUCUCCGACGGUAAACGAGGCACCGCGUGACUCUGCGUGCAGCGCGCAUCGACGGCAUGUCUACGCACGGUGCAUCGAUGGAUGGCGCACCACACGGCUGAAGGACUGGCUCAGCUUGCCGGAGCAUCGCGUCGGACAUGUCGUCUACUGCACUCACGCCGGAUGCCAGAUGGGACAGCGAUGGUGCUAGAAAGCGCCCCCGUUACCUCCAUCCCGAAUGUGCCAAGAGGCAUGGCGGCAGAUGUCAACUGCUGCAGCACCGAUGUCAGAUCAACGAGUUUCUUCUUCUCGCUGACCUGGAGCUCUGUGAAGAUGGCCGAGGAAGAAGCGGCGGGGACGCCCGACUUGCAGUCACCAGAAAAAUAGAUUGCAGGUUUGUCUUCUACAGCUCACCGGAUGACCAGCGUGAGUCGCUGAACGUCGCUCGAGGUCUGCUUUUAGAGCACCGCUGUAUCACCGCCGUGGAACUGAGCUGUAUCGCGAUGAACUACGGUCCGUUGCUGGCGGCGCUUGAGCGCAAUGACGCGGUGAAAAGCUUGACUCUCUGGUUGAAGAGUGACGACGUGAUAGACGCCAGCCUCUUCAUGCUGACCGACACACUCUCGCGGCUCGACGAGCUGAUCUUCAUGGAUUGUUUCUGGUAUAAGAAAUGUAAAUCGACGAUUUGGGUGGAAUGCGUGUUGCUCGAAGAAAACGUGGCGCACCUGACGACUCUGAAUGUGGCUCACUUGGCAAUGACAGAAGCAGCGGCUGCUCGAUUCAUCCUGGCGCUGGUGCAAAGCCAAACCAUUGCCGAUCUCACCAUCGGGCGGGACGUGAUGUACUGUAACGAUGGCAGAAACUUUAGCCGGUACCUCACCAAGCAAGGUACCUCGCUAAAAAAACUCACGUACUUGAUAAAAAGUACCGACAUUUUCCCGUUCUCCAGAAGAGACGUGUUAGAGCGUCAUGUCAACGCUCUGUGCAGGAUGACAACUCUGGAGGAACUGAAUUUUGACUUUGACGACGCGGACGCGGACAGCGCAAGAUACUGCGCCACGUAUGCCAAAUUGGUGUCUCCCAGCUUACGGCGCCUGUGGCUGCCCCGCACGCCCUGCCGCGAGUGGGUGUACGACCAACCGUCCUGGGACAACUCUGAAUGCAUGGAACUCUGGCUCACAGCUCUGCGGAAGCGUUCGAAACUGAACGAGCUCCGGAUCGACUUGUGGUGCUUCGCCGAACCGCAGUGCCUCGCUUUCUUCGAAGCGGUCGCCGACAACGCCACCCUGCGGCACGUUGUCGUCCGCCAUUUGCCGGUUGCGGCUAAGCUCGACGUCAUGUGCAGCGCGAUCCGGCAACUCGGACUGGGCGACCGAGUCGUCGUCGAGGACCAGUACUACUGCUAUCGAAACAUGCGCUCGCUUCGGGAAUGCACCGAAGUUACCGGCGUAACCAUCCGCAAGCCGUGCGCCUCUCUAGCGCAGCACGCAUACCUCGAGGAUGUACGAGAAACGUUCGAAGUCCUCAGUCGCGUCCGUCACCGCAUCUCGCUUAGGGUCGACUGCGACGGGUUCGACGAAGCCACGUUCGCUGCCUUGACUGCGCUCAUACGGAGCCGCUCUGCGCUUACGGCAGUUGAGCUGGAUAUGGAGUACGAGCGGCACGACGUGCGAGACUGGCAGCGACGAGACGCGCAUGCAAGCGAAGUGCUUUCUGCGCUUGCGUCCAACCCGAACCUCACCAGAGUGAGCAUCUACGGACUGCCACCGCGGGUCUACGACUGCUUGCACGUUCUUGCAGCGAGCGCUCGCACGAAUCGAAACUUGGUUCACGUCUGCAUAACUCCGCUCGUCGCUCCUGAGGUGUUUAGCAGUGAUUUCGGCAGCCAUGGGGACGAGCGCAUGAAGGCAUCGCGAAACUACGAGAACUUCGUUCUGGUAAACAUACAGAAAGCUACGAGAAGAAACGCAAGCCGUGUGAUGACAGCGGCAGGCUUUGUUCUGCGCCGGCAAGACAGCGAACACGGUGCACGAUGCCUCGAGACCGUGCACGACCAUCCCUGGCUGCUGGAGCUCGUGCGCGAGGGCGCAGCGGUUUCCAACGGCGAGGCGAAGGCGAUGAUCAGCGAAGCCCUCAAGGCAGUGCGACGCUUCGGCCUCGACGAGUUCAUGAGGAUGGCCGGGGUCGUCAGAUCGAAGGUCGAGUGCGUCCGUACUCGUCGCACCGAGGUUCAGCUCGCCGACAUCGGAGUGCAUUGCUGGUUGCACAUCCGCCAAUACCUCAAGCUCGAAGACAUCGUGUAGUUUGAGCACAUCUGACUUGCAGCUACUUCCGGUGAAGCUUUCAAGAAUAAAGUAAAAGACAUGCGAGAUUGUUCACUGCCACUUCGUGUACACAGCGGCUCCAGCCAGAGACGAAGACGUCUCAGCGAGGGCGGUUGCGAUAGAGCGUUAUUUUCACCUUGAAGAUGCUGCCGGAGCUUGACCGACUGUGACAAUGCAUGCCCACCGACUUGUCCCGGCGCCCUUGCCGAUAACCAAUGAAGGCAGAGAGUUCGCACUCAACGUAAUUUUGCUUUUUUUUUCUUUUUUUUCAGGCAAGGCCUUGUACAGAUAUGCACCCGUGUCCAGUGCCCAGAUUCCGUAUGAAGAACGAGCACACUAUAUACAACGCUCAUCGAUUCAUAAGCAAGAUCAGAGCUCCGUUCUAAGUCACGUUCCCAUUCAUAUCUCUUCGCACGGACUGCCACGCUCCGCUCACUGGCGGAUCCGGUCUGCUCACGCUCACGUACUCAUUCACUCCCAUAAUCACGUGCAGUCACCCUUAUCAUCCGUCACUAAUACUCAAGCUAUACGGAACGGCUCAACUCAUGUGAACACUCGUGCUUGUCACCACUGAAUCACGUCCACAUUCUGGUGCAUUCACGCUCACCCACACUGCAGGCAUGCGCGCUUGCGCCAUACUUACACAAACCAAGUAAUUAAUCUAGGUGAGACCAAUUUUACCAGCGUGCUUAAAUGCUUUUGAUUCUGAGUGAGUCUAGGCGAUUACGAGCACACGUUGGAGCUUUUUCGAGUCCGGGACUCUGAAUUAGUUAGCGAGUCCGUGUCACACAUGUGAUUUCCUGUUCUUUUUUUUUUUUUUUUUUGGAGUUUGGAGUUUGGAAGAGUAAACGUGAAGCCUAAUCUAGGUGGUCCCCAAAGAAUGUGAGUCCGCGUGUUCACGAAUGAUGUCCGUUCGGUCCAGUAUGCUUGAGUGAAGACAUGUGCAGGCUUAUGGGCCAUUGAAUAAAGAUAUGAAAACAUGA